UACAUCACAAUCAUGCAUCCUUUUGCUCUCUCGCAUCACUCGGGUUUCCAGAGACUCGUUCGAAAGGCCUGGAGUUAUCAUUGACAAGUCGUCCUUCUCAACACCAGGUCUCCCUUCCCACGGGCGAUCACGUAUUAUGCUUUGAUUCCCUUUACUACAUAAAUGCUCAUCAUACAUGGGAAUGGGGAUUAGACUAUUCUCCUGUAUGGAGAUUUGUAGGCCGAUAUAUGCGAUGGACUGCAAGCGUGGAAAAGAUUGCCGAUGAGCCAUGAAUGUACCAGUAACUGAACAAAUACCUCCCUAUAUAUCGAUCCACAUACGGCACGGUGACUUCGGCCAACAAUGCGAGGAGUUCCCAGUGGAUCAGUGCUUCGCCCCGUUGUCUGUCAUUGCGCGCAGGGUGUUCGAGCGUCGCACACGAAAAGGGAUUAAUGCCAUGCAUGUUAUCAUGACGAGCGAUGAAAGGGACCCAGAAUGGUGGUCAGAGAUUAGGGCAUUGGGGUGGAACAUGGGUAGAUUAUGCAGCGGAACAGACAGAGGAGACCUAUGGAAAAUGUGUUCCUCGAUGCCUAUCAUUCAGUCGAAUGGAGCUGGCUUCUUUGGCACUCGUGGUUCCACGAUGCCCACACUAGCUAGCCGCAGAGUACAGUUAUGGCAUGACGGAGCAACUCGACUAAUUAGAUGGGGGUGGCCAGGCACGGACGACCACUGAUCCUGAUCGGAUGCUAGAAUCAAGACUAUCUUGCGCUUUACAAAUCAUUGGCU